CUUUCCUUAUAAUGGGUUUUAUUAGUACCGUUUUCCGGUGCGUUUUAAGCAGUUCCUCGUACUCCUAAACUCCUCGUCGCACACUGCCCUAAUCGUCCGUCAAUAGUUCCCUGCCUCGGCAAGACGGCCUGAACAUUGUAGCAUUCUGGUAGCUGAGCAAUUGUGUUGGGAAUGGCGAGCACUGUGGAUGCUUCGGGGAAUCCGGUCCCAACAUCGGCUGUGUUGAUGGCGGCAUCAAAGCACAUAGGGGUAAAAUGUCACUCCGAGAAUUUGGAUUUCCUGAGAUGCAAGAAGAAUGAUCCAAACCCUGAGAAGUGUCUCGAUAAAGGACGGGAAGUUACCCGCUGUGUCCUUCACCUGCUCAAGGAUCUACAUAAGAAGUGCACAAAGGAGAUGGAUGAAUAUGUGAGAUGCAUGUACUACUACACAAAUGAAUUUGAAAUGUGUCGCAAAGAGCAGGAAGCAUUUGUGAAAGCAUGUCCUUUGGAAUGACAUCAUGUAAUUUCCCUUUGUUCACAUUAAUAAUAAGUUUAAAUAACACAGGCGACUUGCACUGAGUCAAUUCUCCAUUUCUUAAAAUACUCAGAUGACCAAGUUUGUGUUACAAUUUUUUUAAUGUCUAUGUUAUGUUGGUCAUUUAAAUUUUUCAUGAGAAAUGCUUCCAAACAGAAGAAUUGGUGGUUACUUUUGAUGUUAGGUCUUGCUUGUAAUGUAAUAAUCAAUUUGGUA